CUUCUUCUCUUCCCGGCUGGUGGGAGGAGAAGAAUCCUGUCAGUUUGCUCCAACAUGGCGGACACGUGUGGCCAAGUACUUCUGGGGUCUGGAUUAACGAUCCUUUCCCACCCCCUCAUGUACAUCAAAGUUCUAGUUCAGGUUGGCCAUGAACCUCUCCCUCCCUCCCUUGGAAGAAACCUGUUUGGUAGACAAGUGUACCAGCUACCUGGAUUGUUUGCCUAUGCGACGCACAUCAUAAAGAUUGAUGGCAAGGCAGGUCUCUUUAAUGGCCUAGCCCCCCGGCUCUGUGCAGGGACCAUCGGCACCCUCGUACACAGCAGAGUCUUGCAGAGAUGCCAGGAUGCAGGCAAAUAUGAGGUGUCUGGAACCAGUCAGAAAGCUGAAGAGGCUUUACAGCAUGUUGUGAAUGAGACAACCAAAGAGAUGAUAGCCCGCUCCUGUGCCACGAUCGUCACACACCCCUUCCAUGUGAUCACCUUGAGAUGCAUGGUCCAGUUUAUCGGUAGAGAAACCAAGUACAGUGGAGUGUUUGAUUCCAUCGUCACUGUCUACAAGAAUGAAGGAGUUCUGGGAUUCUUUGCGGGCCUUAUUCCUCGUUUGCUGGGUGACGUGCUCUCUCUGUGGAUCUGCAACAUGCUUGCCCACCUCAUCAACACAUACGCCAUUGAUGACUCAAUGAGUCACACAGGAGAAAUAAAGAACUGCUCUCAGGCUGUGACUGGGUUCUUCGCCAGUAUGCUCACAUACCCCUUUGUUUUGGUGUCAAACCUCAUGGCUGUCAAUGACUGCGGGCUGGCUGGCGGUCUCCCUCCCUAUGCUUCUAUAUAUCCAACCUGGGUGGACUGCUGGAGGCACCUGAGCCUAGAGGGAAACAUGAGCAGAGGCAACAGUUUAUUUUUCCGGAAGCUGCCUGUGGGGAAGACGUAUGCAAUCGACCAGAAGAGAUUUUUUUGAAGUCUUGAACUACCUGCAUAGAAUCUAAUUGUAAUUAUAUAAAUUGACAUUGCCUGAAUGGGGGUGGAUCGCUGGCAUCUAAUCCUUUGUAUGCACUUGUUUACUAUACUUUUAUUUUUAUUUUUUACCUGUCAUCAAGUAAAGAUAAAACUGCUUUGAUUGGAAA